AGCACCGAGCUCUGUCCGGCGAGCAGAGCCCACCCGUCCCGCACCCUCUGCACCGGAACCGCCCGCUCCAGCCUGGGAGCAAGCCCGGGAGGGGGAGAGGCCCGGGGAACCGCAGCUCGCAAAGCCGCGGGACAAAGUAGCAGCUCCACGGCGGUUUUAGUGCUCCUCGCCCCUUCCUUUCGGGGAGAGGGUGGAGCACAGCCCGUGUCAGCCCCACCGAGGCGCCCCGGCACACGCGGCAUCCCCGAGCGGCCCGGGCAGCGGGGCGGCUGCGGCGGCACACGCUGUUCCCGGGAUGGCAGCAGCAUGCGGUGGGAGGGCACCGCGCACGGAGGCUGGAGCCGCUCCACGCCUGGCGAGGAGACAGCUGGGCCUCCUCCGGACCGGCAGAGCGGGGCUGACUCAGCUGCCGGCGCUGCCGAGCCGCGCCUGGGGCUCCACGUGCCCCCGCAGCCGGCCCAGGUGCGCGGCCCGGGGCCCCGGCAGCGCCCCGAGGAGCCGGAGCAGCGCCGGGACGCGCUCGGCAGGCAGCAGCUCUGCCAAAGGCAUUCCCAGCUUGGCACGGGACCUGCUCCCCAGGCAAGAAGGGACACGAAGCCGCUGACACGUUUCUUCCUGUUCCCGUUGAAAACUGCGUUGGAGCAAGGCUGACAGAAAUCAUGUGCUGGGUUUAACAGAUUUCUUCCCAGAAUGAGGCUUCGGCUCAGAAGGGGAGGAUGGGAGGGUUUAAAAAAUUAAUACAGAAUUCUGUUUGCCCGAGAGUACUGUCACAGCACACUCGGACAGGCUGCCAGGCCCCUCAGCACUCCUGGCCUGCCAGAGUCUGAGCUGGUGCCCCUUGGAAAGCAGCAGUCUGGUUUGUGUGAUCACAAAUAUCCACUGCAUGGGGAAAGGAUUUACAAACCAAGUACAAGAAAAUGCUGCCCAUCUGUUAUGAGUGGGAACCUUCAAACUGCAGCAUCACAAACUAUCGCCCAGGACUGUGGGGAGGAAAAAAGGAGGGAAGAAAAGAAAAAGGGUUGGAAGCUGUCCCUCCCCUGCUGUGUGUCCGGCUGGCUGCAGGCUGGAGGGACACUGACCUGCCGGGCAGAGGGGAGUGGGCACUGCCCCGGGUCUGGGCUGGCAGGUACCAGGGAGGGGAGCACUGCUGGGUGCUGCAGCAGGGAGAAGUGCAAAAUGCCAGGAACAGGAAAGGCCCACGGUGCAGCCGUGAGUGUGGAAUGACACGGCACAGGCAUACCAAACACAGAGCAGGGCUCUGGCAGUUUCUAACGCUGGGUGCUGCCCUGCACCUGCACGUUAGGGCAUCUCGGGGCGUGGGGCCGGCCCCAUCCUGUCCCCUCCGGUCUGAUCCCGGGGCCGGCCCCAUCCUGUCCCCUCCGGUCUGAUCCCGGUGCCAGCCCCACAGGAGGGGGCAGCGCUGGCCCCGGGCAGCCCCAGCUCAGGGGGCUCACGGUCCCAGCUGCCCUGCUCACCCUGCGAGCCACCCAGGGCUGGCUCAGGCUGCAGGAUGGCACCCAGGGGAGCCGGCGGCAGCCCCGCGGGGCUCAGCAGUGGGCACAGGACACAGCCCUGCCUCCCUUCCCCUGAAAAACGAGGGGCUGUGCCGGCACCUGCCGAGUGGCGGAGCCGCGUGUGGGAACUCGCAGCUGGAUUACGUUCUUGCUGCCCUGGAAGCACCCUGAUGGCUGAAUUCCUGAGCAAGAAAACAGAUUGGGAAAGAGAACAUUGCUCAAUGCACCUGCUGGUGACUCAGAAGGCACAGACCCGGCACGGGGGUACCCGGAGGCAGCAGGGAAGGACCCUGGGGGACCAGCCCCUCACUCUGGUAGGGAAUUGGCACGCCAGGCUCGACUCUGGCCUGAGCCCCGGCCUGAACCACUGCCCAGGGCAGGGAAUUCCUGGGGCACUGGGCUGGGCUUGGCACCCGAGUCCUGGCCGGGUUCUGGGGCCAGAGCUGCCCCAGCAGCAGCAUCCUCCAGCCCCAGCCUGCCCUGGUGACACAGGCACGGCCAGCAAGGGGCCUGUCACAGGAACGGGGGGCUCAGCAGCUUCACUAGGGAAGGUGCCCGGCACUGCCAGGCCACAGGGAGCUCCUUCAAAGGAAAAUGAUCUGGAUAAACCCCGAGAAAGGGCAGCCCAGACCCAGGUGUGCAUCUCACAGCAGAGACACACGUCCUCUGAACAGCGUGGAGGCGUUCUGGAGAACAGACAGGAAGCAACUGAUACCGGAAACCACGAGCUGAGGAGCUGGAGCCAGCAGCAGCUGGCAGAGCUGGGAGCAGAGGUGAUUCGAGCUCUUCCCCAGGCUCCUGUUCCUCCCUCCCUGAAGGCCAGAGUCCUCCCCCAGCUGAUACGGUUGUCAUUGCUGCUCCCGUGGUUGUCAUUGUCCGGCCCUGGCCAGCGAGGUGCCACAUUCCCGAGGGGUGGCAGGGACAGCGAGGUGCCACAGCCGCAGCUUCCCGAGCCGCUUUGGCAGCAGCUCCUUCUCGUGGCUCUGCUGGGCACCCGAGCCGCUGAAUCCUCCCUGCGGUGACAGAGCUGCUGCUCCGCGCCCGAGCCCGCCGAGCUGCAGGACAGAGCCGGCCCGAGGGGCUGGGGGAGCCCUGGGACGGAGCCGGGAGCCACCGCGGCCACUGCCGAAGUUCGGGAGGAAAAUCGAGCUGGGGUCUUUUUGCCGGUUCUGAACACCGGCACUGCUCGGCACGCUGUUUGCCCUUGGCAGCUAAAUGUGGCGAUAAAUGAAAUGCUGGUGCCAUCCUGAGCACGGGACAAAGGGAGUGCAGGGGACUGGGUGCUCAGCCAGCAGGAAUGGGGUGUCCAGGUGUGCUGAGCCGGGAAAUGGGGCCAAGGGACCUGUCUGGGAAAGGCCAGUUCAUGCUGGGGGCCACAGGAGACACCCGGAAUCCCCCUGGAAAGCAACGGCCCUGAGAUGUUUCCUUCAAUCAAUUAAAGUUGUGAUGUUGUGAUCAAAAA